AUGUCGAGCCCUGCAAGUGAAGUCAAGAAUUUGCACCUCCAGGAUCAAAAUGAGAGACGAACCUCCGACCAACUAUCGCCCUCCGACGAUGAUACCUAUGUGUACGAACCUUCAGCCGAACCUUCAGCCGAACCAAGCAAUCGGUUACGAGUCGAUACUUCCAUGAACGAGGAUGGUCCUCCACCUAUGAGGACGCCUUCUGCCCGUCGCGAGCAGGCGACCCGUCUCGAAGAUGAUCUGCUGCUUCUACAAGCCGAGCGCGUGGUGUCUCGGUCGACGCAAGGGCCUGAGGAAGGUGAAGGCGAGUCGAUUGGCCGGUCGAGAUCCCGUCGCACCGAAGUCGAUGAAUUCGACGAAGCGACCAACCCGUUACACGAAAAGGCCGCAGUGUAUACCCCGCCAGAGCGUCCCAAUACCCAACUCUCCGCUUUUGUUAAGAAGCUGCAUCAGUCCAGUUUUAUUGUUCGGUAUAUCACCUACAUUGCACCCCUUGUCAUCUUGCUGUUGGUCCCUCUUCUUAUCGGUGCCCUCGUCUACCCCGAUGCCAAUGUUGGUGGGGUGCGGUUGAUGUGGUUUUCGAUUUGGUUAGAAAUCUUCUGGUUGACUCUCUGGGCUGGUCGCAUUGUUAGCAAAGGAUUGCCCGCGGCUGUCAGUCUUGUGGCCAGUAUCUUUACCAACAAUGCGAAGAAAUGGCGUGAUAUGGCUAAGCAGCUGGAGAUUCAUGCCGCACUUUUCCUAUGGUGGUUAGGCGUGGAAAUAUCUUUCUUGCCGACUAUGAAGAACCACCAUGUGAGCGGCAACUCGGGUACCAAAAGCUGGGAAAGCACUUGCAACAAGAUCAUUAUUGUGAUAUUCGUCUGGACGAUUCUGAAUCUGAUCGAGAAGGUCAUUAUUCAGCUGAUUGCGAUCAGCUUCCACCUUCGGACCUACGCGGAUCGUAUCGAGAUCAACAAAUUCCAGAUCGGUAGCUUGACCAAAUUGUAUGAUUGGUCUCGCUCCCGUAUUGAGGAGACUGAUGAGGCUUUCCAUGAGAAGCCGGUUGACGACACCCCAACUGGAAUGAGGACCCCGAUGCAUUAUGCCGGCAAGGCCCACAAAAAGGCCGUCGGUGCGGCCAAGGAUGCCGCGAAGAAGGUUGGUAACAAGGUCGGUGAUGUCGCUGGUGCCGUUGCUGCAGACUUUACUGGUCGCAAAGCGGCUAGAAGCAAUGACCCGUACCAGGUCGUUCUGGCCUUAUUGCGAAGUACAUCUGGCUGUCAGGUCCUUGCACGUCGUCUCUACCGCACCUUUGUGCGUGAUGGAUUCGACACUGUUUUCUCGGGUGAUUUGAAAGAGGCGUUUGAAAAUGGUGAUGAGGCCGAGGCUGCAUUCACCAUGUUCGAUCGUGAUAUGAACGGCGAUAUUUCCAUGGAGGAGCUCGAGGCUGUUUGUGUCGAUAUUGGUCGCGAGCGAAAAUCGAUCACUGCAUCGCUGAAGGACUUGGACUCGGUCGUCUCCAAGCUUGACAAUGUGUUCAUGUUCUUCGUCUUCGUCAUUGUUAUUGUGGUGUUUUUGUCGCUGAUUUCUACUUCUGCUGCUGGUGUUCUGACUUCGGCUGGAUCCAGUCUCCUGGCUCUGUCUUGGUUGUUCACGGCUACGGCCCAGGAAUUUCUACAGUCUGUCAUCUUCGUCUUCGUCAAGCACCCCUUUGAUGUCGGCGAUCGUGUCACCAUCUACGGUAAUGCCGGUGAUUCCGGUCUUGGCGAUGACUAUUUCGUCAAGGAGAUUACCCUGCUGUACACCGAGUUCAAGAAGAUGCAGGGUCAUGUUGUCCAGGCACCAAACAGCUAUCUCAACGGCCUGUUCAUUCUUAACCAGCGUCGCUCUGGUGCUCUGGCCGAGGCCAUCCCCAUCAUCAUCAAGUAUGGCACAACCAUUGACCAAAUUGAUGCGCUCCGCCAGCGUCUGUUGGAAUUCGUGCGCAGCGAGAAGCGCGAUUUCCAGAGCAACAUGCUCACCGAGUUGCGCGAGGUCACCGACAACUUCUCUCUUACUCUCAACAUCGUGUUCUUCUACAAAUCCAACUGGCAGAACGAGGGUCUCCGUCUGCAACGCCGCAACAAGUUCAUCUGUAUGCUCAUGAUCGCCCUUCAGGAGAUCGGUAUCGAGGGCUCGCGCAUGAACCUCCAGGGUGCCAAAUGGGACUUCCCCGUCCAUGUCCACCACGCCCAACCUCUACACGCCCCGUCGGCCCGACGCGAGGAAGCAACCGAGGCAGAGCCGAUCCCUAUCGGCCAAGGCUCCAGCUCGCUUCAGGACAACACCGCUGCAACCAGCGGCAGCGCUACCCGUCAGCAUUCUAUCUUGCGGAAGGGUAUGGACACAGCUGCAGCCCGCGCUCGGGGUGCUUCUACUUCCCGCAAACAUGUUGAUUUCUCUCUCGGAAUGGCCAAUAUGUCCUCAAACGAUGUCAUGGGCGAUGUCUUUGAAGAUCGCGGCGUGCGUAUAGACAGUGUUGUCCGUAGCGCCAACCGUGAAGCUGCCGAGCGGCGUAUGCAAGGAGUCGCGGAAGAGGAGGAAGAACGCCGCAGUCGAGCGUCGUCAUCUCAGCAUCGUCGUCCUUCCAACUUCAGUACCCCGUCGCAUGAACCUCGUCUGUCCACCGAUGCUCACAGCUACCGGAGUGGUGCCUCGUCUACUCGAAAUCGCUUCUUCCGUCACCGCAGCAGCGUUAGUCAUGAUCAAGAUGAUAUCGAGCAGGGCCGUGUUCCUUCUCCACCGCCACCAGUCAAGAAUGACUGA